AUGGCCGACUCGGUUGACCGAGUAUUCGGACAUGCGCUCAACACAGUCAACAAGAUCCGCACAGGGUCGCAGAAGCCGCCCGUGAGCGAGCGCCUCCGCCUCUACGGCCUCUACAAACAAGCAAUGGAAGGCGAUGUCGCAUACGUGCAAGAACGCCCCAUCAACGACGACAAGAAAGAGCAGGACAAAUGGGAUGCCUGGGCCAGCAACUCUGGCCUGACGCGCACACAGGCAAAGCGCCAGUACAUCGAGACCUUGAUACAUACCAUGCACGAAUACGCCAGCGCGACGCCCGAGGCCAGAGAAUUGGUUGCCGAGCUUGAGUUUGUCUGGGACCAGGUGCGGAAUAAUUCGAACCCAAGUGGGAGCUCAGAAGCUUCGAGUCCGUUGCGUGUGUUACAUGAGCAGCGGUCUGGCUAUCCCGGUAUGGUGUCUAGCUCUGCGGCCGCCUUUGCAGAUGAUGAUGUCGCAUCACGUCCGCUACGAAUAUUGAGCCCUGUCAGUCAAGCCGACGAAGACGAGUUGAACGAAGAGCAUGAGGAAGAGUUUGUCGAUGCACCCAUAAGUCAGUACGAUGAUACCGAGAACCCAGCCCUAGAUGAGGAAGAAGAAGACCAAGACGAUCAACAAGCUUCUCCCUCACGACAGCCUCGCACAACAAUAUCAAGCCCACGCGACAUACGCUGGCGGAAACGAAUAGAGUCUGCCUUGGUUAAGAUGACGACCGAAGUCGCUGCACUACGCGAGCAACUCGAGACGCGCAGCUUUAUUGCACAACGGAGGAAGCAUUCUCUACUAGCUUGGAUAUUACGGGCUUCUUGGUUUCUGGUCAAGCUAGUUGCUGUUGAUAUUUUCAUACUGUGGCUUGUGAUCCUCUAUCUGCGUCGCAAGAAGGACAGGAGACUUGAAGGCGCCGUUAGAGUCUUACUUGGUGAUGCUGUCGCACAGAUGCANAAGGUCAGCAGUAAAGUCAAGGUGCCCACGUUGACGGGGAAGAAGAGUUAG